AGCGGCUGCGAGGAGCGGGGGCGAGCGGCGCUGCGGGCCGUGGGAGGAAGCGCUGCGCCCGGCCCGACGGCGCUCGCUCGUUGAGCCACAUCCGCGGGUCGCCGGCGCCUGUCACAGCCCCUCCAUUUUGAAGGAAGGAGGCCGCCGUUCCCACCGCCGGGGCGGCAGCCGCGCUCAUGGCGUUUAGUCCCUGGCAGAUCCUGUCGCCCGUGCAGUGGGCCAAGUGGACGUGGUCCGCGGUCCGCGGCGCGGGCGCGGGCGAGGAAGAAGCCGGAGGUCCCGAGGGUGACCCCGAGGAGGAGGAGGACUCGCAAGCCGAGACCAAAUCUCUGAGUUUCAGCUCGGAUUCUGAAGGUAAUUUUGAGACUCCUGAAGCGGAAACCCCAAUCAGAUCGCCUUCUUGUGGCUCACCUCUAGGAUUGGCAGAACCUGAGGCCAAACCCCAAGACUCACAAGAAACCGCUGAACAGUCCAUAUCAGAAGUAAUCGAAAAGUGUUCACCUGAUCCAUGUUCUAGAUCUUCAGAAAAUGCACCACAGAUGACUGCUGAUGCUCACUCAGUUGGGGAUGCCAAAGGAGAAAGCAAACAUGAUGUUAGUAAGGUCUCGGUAGUGAGGCCAUUUUCAAUAGAAACCAGGAGUCCCACAGACGACCCAGCUGCCUAUGGCUGUGCAUCUGCGCUCUCAGGUAGGGCUUUGCCCUCUGCUGCAUCAGAAGCCGCUCAGGACAAGCCAGUGACAGAAGGAGGCAUGGGGGCUACAUUUGAGGCUUUUACAGAAGGCGGGCUGAAGACUGGAGAACCGGUGGCCAGCAGAAGCAAGCUAAGAAAGCCUAAACCUGUCUCUUUGAGGAAGAAGACAGCCGGAGGCGAUGCCUCUGAAAUGAUCCUGGAGGGGUCGCCUCUCGCCAAGGCUUCUCCCCUGUCGGCUCCGGAUGAAUUGGAUAAGAACACACAUCCUACUGUGCUGAGAGGUGCCAGGGCCCUGAAAUCUUCCCUUAACCUUAAAGAAGCUGCAGAUGCUCUCAGUAAUGGCUCCAGCGGCUCAGGGAUUGAGCUGCAGGAGGGGUCCAGGAACUUGCCUCCCAAGCUUGAGUAUGAUUUUACAGAAGGAGGGGAAAAUGUUGAGACCAAGAAUGCCCUUCCAAGGAAGCCUGUUAACAAACUGACACCCGACAUACAGAAAGAUGGCCUCAGCCAAGCAGUAGAUGUUGAACAGCCUGCAGACCCAAGAGUCCAAGAUGCCUCCCUCUCCCAAACAUCUCCUAAGCUAGAUCCUAGUAAAUGGGGCCACCCCAACGUUAAUUCUUCUGGGAGCUGCCCCGUUCUGCAGAGCUCGCCUCCCUUCUCCUCCAAAGGCUCCUACCACUUUGACGAAUCCGCAGAUCCCUUUAAGCCAGCCUCAGCUUUGACAAGCAGCGCCUUUGGUUCUCCCACUGGUAAUCAUGUUAAUGAAAUCUUAGACUCACCCAAGAAGGCAAAGUCGCGUUUAAUAACGACUACUGAGCAAGUGAAAUUUCUCUGUUUUCUGUUGAGUGGCUGCAAGGUGAAGAAAUACGAAACUCAGUCUCUUGAUUUGGAUUUGUGUUCUCAGGAUGAAGGGGCUGUGAUCUCGCAGAUCUCAGACAUUUCUAAUAGGGACGGCCACGCUACCGAUGAGGAGAAACUGGCGUCCACAUCCUGCAGUCAGAAACCAGCCGGGGCAGAGGUGAAAGGUUUAGAGAAGGAGACAUGCCAGAAGACGGAGAAAGAGGAGUCCGCCGUGCAUGGACUGCUGGAGUCCUCAUCGGAAAAGGCCCCCGUGUCUGUGGCCUGUGGAGGAGAGAGCCCCCUGGAUGGCAUCUGCCUCAGUGAAGCAGACAAGACUGCCGUGCUCACAUUGAUCAGGGAAGAGAUAAUCACUAAAGAGAUCGAAGCAAAUGAGUGGAAGAAAAAAUACGAAGAGACCCGAGAAGAAGUCUUGGAGAUGAGAAAAAUUGUGGCUGAAUAUGAAAAGACCAUUGCCCAAAUGAUUGAAGAUGAGCAGAGGACGAGCAUGACCUCUCAGAAGAGUUUCCAGCAGCUGACGAUGGAGAAGGAACAGGCCCUGGCUGACCUGAACUCUGUGGAAAGGUCCCUUUCUGAUCUCUUCAGGAGAUAUGAGAACCUGAAAGGCGUGCUAGAGGGGUUCAAGAAGAAUGAAGAAGCCUUGAAAAAAUGUGCUCAGGAUUACCUGGCUAGGGUUAAGCAGGAAGAGCAGCGAUACCAGGCCCUGAAGAUUCACGCAGAGGAAAAGCUGGACAGAGCCAACGAAGAGAUUGCUCAGGUUCGCUCAAAGGCAAAGGCUGAGAGUGCAGCGCUCCAUGCUGGACUCCGGAAAGAGCAGAUGAAGGUGGAGUCCUUGGAAAGGGCCCUUCAACAGAAGAAUCAAGAAAUUGAAGAACUGACGAAAAUCUGUGAUGAGCUCAUUGCGAAGCUGGGAAAGACGGACUGAGAUUCCUCCCGUGAGCUGUGCAGAUCUGAGUCUGGCUGCUUGUGUCGUGACCACAAAUUAUCUUGCCUUAUCCAAAAGUAAUCCCUCCUUUGCAGAGAAAAAUAACUUUUUAAAAAGCACAUGCCUGCUGCUGCCUGUCCCGCUGCACCCCACUGCUGCAGCCGGAGCCUGGCUGGUGUUGGGGAAGGAGCUGACGUGUCAGCGGGGGCCUGCGCACCCAGGCUGCCGCUUCCCCUAGUCUGGCUGCUGGGUCCAGCGCGUGCUUCUCCAUCUGCAGUUCAUCUUUACUUUUCCCAAGUGUGUGAAAUUUCUAAUUUUGUGGCAACCGUGUGGGGUUAUCUUCCCAGCACAUAUUUGAUAUUUUUAUGACCUGGUUAACCGUUUAAAUUUCAUUAUCGGCCUUUUUUUUGAAGGAGACAGUUUGGCCCUAUUGCCACUAACAGUUUCUCAGUGAGACUUGAGUUCCCUUUUAUUUCCAGGGAUUUUAAUUUCACUCAUGCAUGCAUAUGUGUACAUGCUGCCACUGUCUCCUGAGGCAUAUUCAGAUAUGGAUGUUUAGAGAGGAGCAUAGUUACAUAAAUCAACACAGAUCAGAUUCUUCUUUGGAAGCAGAGCCUAGGUCUCAAAGCCAGCUUCAGAUUUUGUAGGACUGACAACACUGCACCAUUGCUUGAGUGUUUCCCAUACACAGAGCCCUGGGUUUGAUCCCCAGAACUACAGAAACUGGAUGCUGUAGUGCAUGCCUGUAAUUCCAACACUCCAGAAGCAGGGGCAGGAGAAUCAGAAGUUCAAGGUCAUCCUCAACUACAUAGCUGCUUGGAGGCCAGCCUGGGCUGUAUGAGACCAUGUUUCAAAAAAAGGGGUGAGCGGAAGCGUGGUAACAUCAUAGCUGUUGGGAGGGUAGGGCAGGAAAGCCGUUGGGACCUGGAAUAUAAGGGCAGCACAGCAUGAGGCGGAAUAGACCUUUUCUCAGAAAUCUGAGGCCCGCCAAACCAAAAUUUGAGUCAGGGUGGGGAGAUGAGGGAUGUGAAGAUCAGGAUGUAGGUUUCAUGUCCAAGGAAGACUUUGCUGUGCUGUUUGUUGCCCUGGUGUUUGGACCCUUGGGUCCCAGCAUGGCCCCUUGUGCUCAGACUGAAUGAGCAACAGCGUGGGCCUUCCUCAGGUCUCGCAUCUGAUGGAUGUGUCCACCUGGGGGCAGUUGGUCUCUAAAAUAAAACCAGCUGUUGUUAUCUAUUUGAAAUAUACACAAAAGGGGCUUGGGAAAGGGUCAGCUGGUUUUGUUAAAAGAGAGGGCAGCCUAGGGACCAGUUUGGGGUGGAGGGCUGUGGUUUUCUGUGUUUACAAGCAUGGCGCUUCAGAGACUUUAAAACAACAACACACGUUUUCAUGCUGGAGGUGGACUUUAAAGCCAAACAGGCAGUAAAAAGUCAUUCCCCAAGUCAGCUUGAAUGCGGGGGAGGGCAGUGCAGGGAGGAGGUCCACACAGACACAAUGAAAUCCUGUGAACACAGACCGGGGGACGUUAACCCCCAAACAGGAAUUUCCGACAUGCUGUCAGUGAGUUCCUUUCCAUUUGAAAUGCAGGCAAAACCAGAUCCAUUCCCGCUUUAAUGCGUUUUUUGGCCUUCAUCAUCUACCCUGAGUCAUCAUGAAUAUGCACUAUUCAGUACACACACGUUUUCCUCCUUGUCAAACUAUUGCAGGAGCCAGAGCCAGCUCCAGAAAUGAAUUAUGCCUCAUGGAGAAACUGUAGGUCUCAGAAACAAUGUCCUUCUAGUGGUGUGUCACCAUGCAGGUGCAGGCUUCAGCCCCAGGGAGCGAGCAGUGUCUUUUCAAGCUAGAGGUCACAUUUUGUCAAUGUGUGCUUGUUAUAAUUGGUGCUUAGGUUAGGCUGUAUUUUAAAGGCCUACUGUCUUACCAUUUUGUACAAAACCACGAACAAGUAGAAGCUACCUGUGGUUGGAGGAAUGGCUUGACAAUCAUUUAGUCACAGGGCUUAAUGUGACGGCUGUAGCCACAGACAUUAUUGUUGGGUUCAAGUGUCUUCAGGGGACAUAGCCGACGUCAGCUUAAUUCUCUUCCACAAAGGAAGUUAACUUUGCAUUUCAGGAAACACUGCAGAAGUUUCUGCCACAGUGUAAUGGUGGUGUCCGUGUGUGAUUGGUAUUGAUUUUUUUUUUUUCCAGUAUGAGUGGUCUCCAUCAAAAAUCUCUCAUCCUUGUUCCCUGAUUUUUUUUUUUUUUUGGUAGUGCUGGGAAUUGAACCCGGGUCUUGAACAUGCUAGCUAGGCAAGUACUCUACUGUGGAGCUGCAUCUCUGGCCCCAGUCAUCUUUCUAAGCCUGUGUAAUUUUAAAGCAUCCUAUGCUGUAUGUUACAAAGCAUAGAAGAGGCAUGGUGCCUGUCCUUCCCUGCCACACUGGCGGAAGAGACCCCUUGAAAAACAGGCCCUGCUAAAUGAGAUUGCUGUGCAGGGGACAUGAAAUAGCUCUGUAAGCAAUGUCUGCCAGUGGCCUCUUAGUCAUCACCAUUGCCAGGAAAUUUCUGCAGCGUCUAGUUUGUGGAUACUCUCCAACAAGAAUAAAAAAAUGUAGCUUGCACAGCUGGAAAAUUAAGAAAAUAUAGUAGGCAGAGGAAAGAAUAUUUAUUUUUCUUUUAAUUAAAUGAGCCCUAAAAAGCUCUUAGUACUCUAGAGAGUAAAAAUACAAAGUUUCCUUCCACACAUGCUGGAAGGCCAAAAUACUUGUUUGCUAGGCAAUUUAAAGGGGGACCAGGCCUGGUGGCACAUGCCUGUGAUUUUUGGCUUUCUGGAGGCAGAGGCAGGGACUAAGAAGUCCGGGCCUGCCUGGGCUAUACAAUGAGAUCCUAUCUUCAAAGAUUUAAGAGCUACUCGGUAGUAGCAUUUUUUUUUUUAACUUACCACACACAAGGCAUUGGUGUGCAACCCCAGCAUUGUAAAAAUAAAUAACAAAACCCCUAAAACACAAGGGAAAUAGAAGCUACUGACUCAGAAAGUGGUUUGGGAGCGUUAGGUGAACCUGUUGAGACUCAGCAUAGACCCAUUUCUCUAGUUCCUCUUUGCCAAAGUCUCGACAGCUUUUACCUGUCAGUGUCCCAGACCCGGUUACCGUGUGCUUAUGCUGUGUGGAGACUGGUAACUUUCUUAAAUUUUGUAUUCUCUGCUUGGUGCUCUAGUGUGGAGCCUAGCAUCUUCAGAAGCAGACCAAAUUAGGAAGCGCUCAGUGCAGGUCUCUCUCGGGAGGGUGGUCCCUAUCACUUAGGAUUAGAGUUCAGGCUCAGCUUCCUUCCCAGCCAGAGCCCGCUUUCUCCCUGUGCAGACUUGGCACUUUCCGUGCACAGAUCAUUCACCAGGCAGCCCUGGAUUGACCACAGUAGACAGAAGCCCUCACCUGCAGCAGAGAUAGCUCAGGCUAGACACCGGCAUCGGGAGCCAUGACAGAGUUCAGGGCGCACCAAACUGAAAGUGGUGCGGACCGUCUGUAGUUCCUUUCCUUGGUCUCUAUUUCACUUUUUGGUCUUUCGACUUGGUCGUUCCUGCUGUCUCUGUAGGUCUGUGACCCUCUGAGCCUGCUCUCAGGUUGCUUUUCUUGAGACAAGAGAAUGUAGGUGUUGAAAGAGUCUGAUUCAAGCAAGGAAUUUGAAAAUGUAUAUAUUAUGAAGAUUUUUAAGGGUAGGAGGUUAUUCUGUACUUACUAAAGAACAGAUAAAGUCUGGGAAUCCCCGGGUACCAAACCAAAGGUCUGGGAUAUCAUCUUUCAAAAAGUUUUAAUAACAAAGUUAUUUAAAGGAAACUAAUGUUCAGAAAGGUUUGACUGGUCUCCAGAUUCCAGUUAUUUUUUUUUUAAAGCGAUUUACUAGGGCUGGGGGUGUAGCUCAGUUGGUGACACACUUGCUCAGCAUGCCUAAGUCCUUGGAUUUCAUCCCUAGUGCUGGGGAAAAAGCAUUUACUACUAAAUUCUUCAGGGUCCCAUAUGGAUAAGAAAGGGAAACUAAUGUCUAGAAGCAGCGUGUCUCCCUCUUGGUUCUCUCCUGAGCCAGUGCAGAGCACAGGCAAGCCGCUUGCAGAGACUGCAGAUUGCACUUCUGGUAGUUUCCAUCCAAACGCAGCCCCCUCUCUGUGCCUGUCAGCCUGCAGUCAGAUGUGGACAAAUAAGAUUCCUGAGGAAUGACUUUCUUAACUGUACUGUGGUUUCAGCUUUAUGUAAACACAUAGAUUCCCGUAUAGUUCCAGUAUGGAGAUGCUGCUGCAAUGCUGGCCUUAGGUAGUCUGUAUGAUGCUUUCACGGCUCAGAAGAAACCAAGCAUGGGGCUGAGGUAUGGCCUGAACCUUCCCUGUAUGGAGUCGUGUAAGUCAAGAUGCCGCUUUGCCUUUUUGUGAUAUCUGAAUAUGCCCAACAAAAGUGCUUCCUCUUACACAACUGACUCUAUAUUUGUGAAUAAUUUUCAAAUGGACACAGACAUUUGAACUCUGAAACCACAUCUGAUACAGGGCAGUGUCUAGGUUAAUCCUGCAGCCUCAGCUUCGUCCUUUGCAACCCUUGGGACAGGAUUCCGUCAUUCUGAAGUCCCAAGGCAACAGUCAGCUUUCCAGUAUCGCUGUUAGCGAGUCUGUAUUUGCCAGUAGAUGCCCACUGUACUAACGUGCCAAGUGUUUAUUGCACAUCUGCUCCCAUCAUGUCCCCGGUGCCCUAAAGUGUGUGAGGAGCCCCUCACUGGGUGGGGGGGGGCACCUGCCGCGCUGGCUCCUGUUGUCAGGACUGUGUUGUAUGGAAUAAUCAUCCCCAUAGAUUUUAUACACAUAGUAAUUUCCCUUUUUAUAUGUCAGGUAAAUAUUUGUAAAGGUUAUACUCACACAAAAGAAUUAUUAUGAUAAUUACUAAUAUAUUUUUUCCAUGUUUCAUUGCCUGAAUAAAAACUGUUUACCACUGUUAA